AUGGAAGCCUGGAAACUUCCACUCAACCCAGUAGUGAAUUUCGACAAGCGGGAUGAGUGGAGCGAAGACAAGGAGUGGCUCAAGGAAGCCAACUCUAUCGAGUCUUGGACCGAACACUCCGACGUUUUCACCUACUUGAACGAGAUUAGUGCCUCAAUACGGAAGAAGAAGACUUGGUCUCCGUACCCGGCCUGUGGAUCAAAAGGUAACAGGCUCAUUAUCUUCUUCACCAACGCGUCCAGGGUCUACCAUUCGCCAAUCGUCAAACUCAAUGAGAACAAUGGUCGCCUAUUGAUCUACGCAUUCGUUUGGCAUCUCUAUCACCCAAUCACAGAUCCAACAAUUACCAUCGACCUCAAAUCCCUUAUUUCGACUUUUACUGUCACCUCUGACGAAGUCUACGAGAAUAUCUCCAUCCUCUAUGUUGGCGAUGCAAUCGGUCGGAGGACUACAAUCCUCGAGCAGCCAACAAAUUCUUCAUUGGUUAUCAAGGAACAAUACCUCAAACCUGACCAACGGUUUAAAGAAGGAGACCUGUUGAACAAGAUCCAUAAGGGCGGGUACUUCCCUGGCGUCGUCCGUGUCAAACGCGUUGAACAAAAAGUGGCUCAUCAAGGCAAGGAGGUUGCCACAUCUGAUCGGGUCAAAACGCGCCUAGCUCUUCUGGACAAAGGAACGCAGUUUCAGGAGGUCAAAACCUUCCGCCAGAUGUUGAUGAUCAUGUACGACGUCUUAGAAAUGGUACGUAUGCUUCAUCGGAAGCGACAGAUAGUGCAUCGGGAUCUCAGUUCUGGGAAUAUCCUCUUCCGAGAGAUGACCAAACCGGAAUUACGAUGCAUCUCACCUGAUCUGUGGGACUCGGACAUAUGCUCCACCCAUUGUCUACUUGAGUCGCAGGAAGAACCUACAAUCGAGGAUUGCCUUUCCACCUCGCUUCUGCUGAGGACUUUGACCGUGGACAAGAUAAAGACGUCAACACCCAAAGCAGGUACUUCGAUAUUCAUGGCGUACAUGGUGCGAAAUAAUGUGUACCAGACCGGCAAUAAAACAAUACCCGCGAUACCUCAUGUUCAUUCCGACUUGAUCUCUCGCUACCAGUCACUACUUCCGGAUCGACUGACGAGAUUUCCGGAGAACGAGGAGGAAUUGAGACCAAUGCCGAAAGGGGAAACACGCUCGGAUAAAGAUUUCAGCACCUUCUUCGGCACGACGCCGAGUCGGUGUUCUGGUGCAUGGUGUGGUGGUCGAUCCAAGUCAAACCCAAUGGAUCAUCGCUACCAUUGCUACGUCAACACCACCGAGCCAUUUCCUCUACACAAAGACUACGUCCUCGUCAACGAGCUGCUCGAUCAAAUGAGGGAAUACCUCAAGGUCGACCUCAAGUACUCUGAAGAUGAAAGGAAACGUAACGAUCCCGAAUACCUGUGUGAAGUGUUCCAGAGACUCAUCCUCAAUUUCCUCGUCGAAUAUCAAGGGUCACCCUUUCUGACACUCGAAAGGGAUGCAGAGUUUCGAAAGGUUGGAGAACCGUGUGGUGGUGGAGCAAUGUCAACGACAACCGGGACCAAAGAGUCAUAUUUAUCUCGCUCGAGCGUCGGUGCGCAACACCCUUCGGGUUCAGUCUAUUCAAGUGGAUCUAGCAAUGAUGCCAAGCGACGAGCUGACACGGAUGACUCUGAACUCGAGGGAGGUCAUCGGCCCAAGAGACCACGUCAUGCGUAA